UACGUGAUUUCACUAAACCACUCGAGGAGAGAGACGGGGUAGCUUAGCGUGCUGUUAGCUCUGUGGGUGAUACACUACAAUGUCAUCGAUCAAACAGCUCACCAUCAAUUACAAUCCGGUAAAUAACAGUAACACAUUCACAAAUGGCGAUGUUAUUAAUGGCCAAGUGGUUUUGGAAGUGUCGAAGGAAGUUACGAUUGAAAGCCUUUACAUAAAGUGCAAAGGGGAAGCAAAAGUCAGCUGGAGCGAGCGGCGGAAUGACCGACAUUAUCAUUACAGUGCUUAUGAGAGAUACUUUAAACUCAAACAGUAUUUCAUUCAGGAUCCCUCCAAGAAAAAAAAUGAAGAUCCCGGGGUGAUAUUAAUGGGUGGAGAGAUCUACAGCAGUGUGGUUAAGGCCGGAAAGCAUGUUUAUCCAUUUCAAUUUCAACUGCCCCAUGGAAAUUUUCCACCAUCUUUUGAUGGCUGUCAUGGCUCAGUAAAGUACCUUCUGGAAGUCACAGUGGACCGUUCAUGGAAGAUAGACCGCACUGAAAAGACAGAAAUUAUCUUUGUGCCAAGGAUUAAUGGCAUUAAUUUAAUGAGCCCACAGAGUGGAACUGUCGGCAAGAAGAUGAAACUUUUCACCUCUGGAAGCACUUCAGUGAAAGCAACAAUUGACAAAAUGGGUUAUAUGCAAGGUGAAGUCAUCCGGGUUACCAGUGACAUCGAUAACUCUUCAUCCCGUGAUCUCAAGCUGAAGUACAGUCUUGAGCAAGCACAGUCCUUCUUUGCACAGGGUCACUCCAAAUAUUCCCACAAUACUAUUUUCAAAAUUGUUGGAGAUCCCAUCCCAUCUGGAUCAAAGCAAACAGUCAGCACGAACCUGACGCUUCCAGCCAAUCUGAAUUUGAGCGUUACAAACUGUAAUAUUAUGAAAGUGGACUACAUAUUUAAGGUCUAUUUGGACGUGCCUUAUGCUAGUGACCCAGAGAUCAAAAUGCCAGUCAUCAUUCUUCCUGUAGGCCAUAUUUUUCCUCCAGGGCAAUCUCAGUCAGAUUUUCAUCCCCAUGGGAACCCAGGUGCAUCAGGAUGGAACCAGCCUCCACCCCAGUCUGGAUUUGGGCCCAGUCCCCCAGGCACUAAUUUUGGCCCAGCACCAGGGUUUUACCCCAGUCCCUCCCCAUCGCCUAUGUGUCCAAAUCCAGACGUUCCUCCUCCAUCCUAUACAGACCUCUAUCCAAAUCCAAACACAGCAGCCUCAGAAUUCAAUUCUGGACCAUCAGCACCACCCUUUAAUCCUCAGUACGCUCCUAUGGGAUAUCCAAAUCCAUCGGUCCCUCAGCAAAAUCCAGUACCGAGUGCUCCACAGUUCAGUCCAGGGCCUGCUAUCCCGGGAUAUGUUCCAGCAGGAGCUCCCCCCGGGUUCUGGCCAGAUCCAAAUACACAACCAGAAUCCUAUCCAACUAAAUCGCCUGAGAAACAUUAAUAAUCUGAAAGUUUGAUGACACAUGAAAUUGUGGUAUGGAUGAUGCAUCAUAUAUGUAAUGUGUGCAUAUUAUGUUAGGCAAACAAUAUUAAUCUAAUUUUAUUAAUACUCCAUACAUGCACAUCAUCAUCACCACCAUUAUUAUUAUUAUUAUUAUUAUUAUUGUAGCAGAUGCUGCAAAACCACUACAGCCUUCAUCCUUAUUGUGGUGUCAGUUGCAUCAUACAAUCAAAUUUUUUAUGCUAGCUGCAUAUGGCAUAGCAUUUUGAAUUCACUUCAGUAGGUUCAUGAUAUUAACAAAUAAUUGUAGUUAAUUUUGUAUAAUUUACAUUUAUGGCAUUUAGUAUGAAUGGCAUAUAAAUAUAUGUGAAUUAUAUAGGUAUAUAUGAACACAUUAUUUUUGUUAGCUUGUGAAGUAACUUUUUUUUAUAGAAAAACACUAAGAUGCAUGAUCUUAUAUUGGCCUAAAUGGAUGCCAGAAAAUGGUGCUGUGCAUGUUCAUGUCUUGCCAGAUGAUCAUUAAGUAAAUAUUAAGCUGUGAAUCAUUCAGGUAUUGACAACAACCAUGCUUUUUACGGUUUUUACAGCACUCUGUCAGGCAAACAAUUCACUCAAAAACUUCAGAAAGUUGCCUUAAAUAAAAUAGAUUGAAACAUAUACACUAUUAAAUUGAGGCUAGUAUAAUUUUACAUCGCUAUUCUCGAAUAUGCUUGAUAAAGAAACCCAAAGGAAAACUGGAGGAAAGCUUUAACAAUGUAUUCAUAUACUUUUUGACUCCACCUAUAUCAAUGCUGUGACAAAGUAAACAAGCAAGUUAUAACUGAAGCUACAGAGAACUGGUUUGCCUGUUUGUUUUAGGCUUUUCUCAGUGUCAUGCUUAUGAAGGCAGACAGUUAUUUUGCCUCAUUACGAUCUACCUCUAUGUCUACUUGCGGCCAUUUUGUUUUCACCUUAAGGUUUUUACCAGAAAUAUUUAUCGCUUGGUAAAUGAAAAGAUUCGUUCUCAGUGCAUCAAAACUGUCACAGUAAUAUAAUCAGCUUUAUACCCACCAGUGAGUGCCCCAAUAUUAUUUUCAAAGUGUUUCCAGUGGAGAAGGUGGUAUAAAAAAUUAGUUUACAUAUGUAAAAAAAAAAAAACUAAAAUAAACUUCCUAAAAAAUUUCAUCAUACAUCUAAGCUAAAACACAAAUUUCCCUUUUACAUUUCUUAAGUGGUGGCAGGAUGGCACCACCACCUCCAGACUGAAUGUUUUAAUCUACUGCAGAUUAUUAUAUUAAUAAAUCUCAUUUAUAUUCAAGUUAUUUUUUUUAAUGGAUUCAAAUAAUUGUGGAGAAAAAAUAAAUAUGUAAACUGCU